CCCAAGCCAAGACCCGGGUGGCAGAACGUUCUCGUUUCGUAGCGCGGUCAAAGCAUCACAAUGCCUGUCAGCAGCGUGGGCACUUUUAAAAUAUUUGUUGGAAAUCUUUCUGACACAACAAAAACAGCAGAUAUUAAGCCCCUGUUUGAAAAAUAUGGAAAGGUCGUUGAAUGUGAUGUAGUCAAGAACUAUGGUUUUGUGCAUAUGGAAAAUGAAGAGUCCGGGCGAGAUGCUAUCCAGAAUCUUAAUGGAUACUUGGUCAACGGACAACCAAUGAAAGUAGAAGCAGCUACAAGUCGCAAAGGCCCAAACACACCUACUACUAAGAUGUUCGUUGGUAAUCUAGCUGAUGGGGUCAAGGCAGCUCAAGUCAGAGCCUUGUUUUCAAAGUAUGGUACUGUCGUCGAAUGUGACAUUGUGAGGAACUAUGGAUUCGUUCAUAUUGCUUCAGCUGAUGUAAACAAUGUCAUCAAAGAGUUAGAUGGAUAUGAAUUGGAGGGACAGGCUAUGAAAGUACAAGUUUCAACAAGUAGAGUACGUCAAAGACCAGGAAUGGGUGAUCCAGAACAAUGUUACAGGUGCGGUAGAGGUGGGCAUUGGUCGAAGGAGUGUCCUAAAGCCGGAGGGCCAGGAAUUGGACCUGACAGAUUUAGAGGAGACAGGUUCGGAGGCCCGAGGGAUCCCUACCCUCCACCACCACCACCUCCUUUCCUAAGAGACAGGUUGAUGGGCGGUGAGCCUCCAUUUGGUGGAAAACCCAAGGAGAGUUACUAUGAUCGCUUUUAUGAAAGGCCGCCAGUAAGAGGAUUUGAUGACGACAGAGACUAUGAAAGAAGGUUUCAGCCUCCCCUCCCCCCACCACCACCGAUGGGUAGAGAUAUGUUACCGCCCCCGAGAUCCAGAGGUGGUGAUUAUCUACCGCCACCACCUCUAUCUCGCCCAAGGGAACCACCAAUGGGAUUGGGCAGCAGAGGGUUUGAUAGGCCUGACUACAUGUUCUCUCGCAGGUCACCUCCUCUCUCAAAACCUCCAUAUGGACGUGGAAUGUAUGAUGACUUCAACCGUGAUGGAUAUGAUGACAGAAGACUGGGACCCCGUGGCGGUUCUCCUCGCCGGUACGCUCCAUACUGAAGACGUCACUCCGCCGCCUCAAACCUAUCGAAUAUUCUCCUCCUUUAAGCUACCUUAAUUCCCUUGAGUGUUUCUAUUUCUUUUUUCUUCUUUUUAAUUGUGUUUUUAAUGGGCGACUUGUAGAUUUGUAUUGCAGAUAAAUUAAUAAAUAAUUAAAAUGUUUAGAUGUUAAUACUCUUUUAGUGUAGUAAUGCACUUUUAUUAUAUAAUGCAGCCAAUCGACAUUGAAUGAUCGUGUCAUUAAAAAUUAGGUUAGAUGAUCGAAUUGUUUUUAUUUUUGUUUUUAAUUUUUUGAUAAGCCGGCAAGAUGUAAUCUUUUAUACGUGCCUGCCUGGCAUAAUUUCCGAUUAUUGAUUCUUUUUUGUAAUUUUGACUUAUUUUAUGUGUAUCACUAUCAGUAGUGAAAUAUUAUUCCAUGUUUGUAAAAUGACAAAUAAAUGUAUUUAAAAAUGUAUUAUAUCGACUUUUGUAUAACACCACCGAUCCGUCAAGUCUAAACAAAUUGAGGAAUGAAGCUAUCAUCUCGUCGUCGGUCCUGUAAAAGGCGUGUGGCGUGUCCGUUAGCCCGGUUAAAUCCCGGUAAACGUGAUUCGCUACUACUGACCGACCGGACGUCGCUGUUUAUAUAAGGUAGGCUAUGCCGAUGGUCUAAUAUUGUUUCGUGUUGACGAAUUACCUUCAGGUUUUUCUUUAUUUGUUUUUCAACAUUUUACCACUGAUCUUGACCAAUUCUUCAUAAAAUGUUUUAAUUUUUUUUUUAC